CAGACUGCAGGCUGCAGCGAUCAGUGAUUUGUUUACCUUUGCGUAUUUUCAGUUUCAUUAACAAUAGUCGGCACGGCACCGGCAGCCAGUCACCCAGUCCGCAAUCGCAUCGCUAUUCGCUAUUCGUUCACAGUGCAGUGCGGUUCUCUUAAUCAUUUUUUUUAAUAAGACAAGCAAAAGACAAGGAAAGAGUUGCCAAGACUUAAAAGCUUCAAUAACAAUAAAUAUUAUUAAAUAACUUUGAAUAAAAUAUUGAAAAUGAGUGACAAAGCAGACGACAGUAAAAAACCACCGAUGUCUGAAGAAGAAAGAAUCGCUCUUUGCCAAAAGCUGGAUGAGGAACUUGAUCUUUUUAUUAAUAGCUUGGAACGGAAGCGAUAUACCGAGGGAUGGCCAGAGGAUCGCUGGGAGGAGGAAAUGAGUAAGCAUCCAUUUUUCAUGAAGUCAGUGUCACCAGACGGGGAGCUGUCGCCACUGGCCGAGGGGCUCGCGCAGCUGAAGUACGACCCUGAGGAGAACACGCCCCUAGAGCUCGCUACCAACUAUAAGGAGGAUGGGAAUUUCAACUUUAAGCACAAAAAUUAUAGAUUGGCCAUUAUGGGGUACACUGAAGGAAUCAAAGUUAGAUCUGACGAUGCAGAAAUUAACGCAAGUUUGUACAACAACCGCGCGGCCGCGAAUUUCCAUUUAGAGAACUAUCGCACCGCUUUACACGAUAGCGAACGCGCUCUUUCGUUCAACCCAGAACAUACCAAAGCGCGGUUGCGUGCAGCAAAAUCAGCACUCGCAAUCUCGAAGUUUGAUACAUGCAUCGAACACUGCGAAAAAAUAUUGCAAAAACAGCCAAAAGACAAAGAAUCGUUAGAUUUGAUCGAUGCAGCCAAAAAGAAACAGACGCUCAAAGAACGAGACCAAAGGAAAAAAUACGUUUUAGAUACCAAAAAGCAAGUUAAAAAGAAUGCAGUCGUUCAAGCUAUUAUCGAUAGAGGAAUAACAAUAGAUGAACGUGAGGAUGGCGGUGACAUUGAUUUGUCGAUGUUAGAACCGUGUAUUCCAGGUGCUGAAACAGAUAUGGUUCGGUUAGACAACGGCAUUUUGAAGUGGCCGAUCCUUUUCUUAUAUCCAGAGUAUCAGCAGACAGACUUCAUAAGGGCGUGCCCUGAAAAUGUGCCAAUUAUAUUACAGUUAGAACAGAUAUUCCCUGCUCCUUGGGAUGACAAAAAUACAUACUCCACCAAGACAAUUAAUAUUUAUUAUGAAGGCACAGACAGCAAGCCACAUUUGGUGAAUCUUAAAAAAAACUUGGGUGAUAUACUUGUUGAGAAGUAUUAUGUUUUGAAAGCAGGUACACCGUCGUUUUUCUGUUUAGAACGAGGUUCGCGAAUGGAGAAGAGUUACUUGGAAGCUUACCCGUAAGACGGGAAUUUUCAUCUACUUUUGUUUAACUUUUUUAAGUUGAUUUCUUAGUUUAAUGUUUUUAGAAUAUGUUAAAUAUGUUAAUGUUCCAAAUGUUUAACUAUAAGCGUGUUAAUGUUAAGUGUAAGUAAAUUUUUAUAUUUUAUUAUAUCAAAGUAUGAAUGUGAAAAUGUGGAAUCACUUUUGUGUCUCUAAAUACAAUUGGCCUACUGAGUUUUGCUAUACUCGUUCUAGUUUACUUUUUAGUCCCUUAGACAUUAAGAUAUUAAGUUGUAAUAUGUUGAUGGUCAUUUUUGUACUUAUAAAGAUAAAUAUUGACAAAAUGUCGUCCAAUGGCGUCGGAGUUGUUCCAGUUCCAUCUCUUUUGUACCAACGCAAUGAAAGAGGAAGCGGUAUUUCCGUUUUAAUUUUUAACCGACUUCAUGUCUAUAUCUCUUUAUUGAUUGUUUACGGGAAAAUGUUUUUUAUCAAUGUUGACUUAAUAAUAUAUUUUUCUAAAUAAAUUUCUGAGAAAUA